UACUGCUUUCGUAUCUGUUGUCGCUCCGGAGCGGUGGGCCGGGACUUAGGUGACAGGGUUGAGAAGGUCCAAGAGGAGUCGCUGUCCCCGCUGCAUAGAGGCCGGUCUGAAGUUCGGCGACGCCGCCGGGGGUGCCCCGCGCCAGGCCCGGGAGAGGGACGGCCGUGCCCGCGUCCACCCGCCUCUCCCGCCGCUACCGGCCCCGCUCUGCCCCCAGACUCUGAUGGCGGCGGCGGCGGCGCUGAGGACCCCGCCUCAGAAGUGCAGUGUGACCUUUGAGGACAUUGCUGUGUACUUCUCCUGGGAGGAAUGGAGACUCCUUAAUGAGACUCAGAGACGCCUGUACCUCGAUGUGAUGCUGGAGAACUUUGCACUUAUAUCCUCACUGGGUUGCUGCUGUGGAGCAGAGGAUGCAGAGGCACCUUUUGAACAGAUCGCUUCUCUAGGAGUGUCACAGGCUAGGACUCCCAAGGCAGCUUUGUCUUCCCAGAAGACACACCCCUGUGAGAUGUGUGGUCCAGUCUUGAGAAACGUUUUCCACUUGGCUGAAUGCCAGGAAACACAACACAGGCAGAAACUUUUGAGGUGUGGAGCAUGUGCAAAACGAUUUUAUUUUAGUGCAAACUUUCAGCAGCACCAGGAGCAACACAUGGAAAAGAAAACCCUCAGAAGCAGUGUGGAUGAGGCCUCGUUUGUGAAGAGCUGCAGAUUCCAUGUGUCACAGAAGCCAUUGUGCUGUGGGGAGUUUGAAAAGGACUUCCCAACCAUCGUGGGACAUCUACAGCAACAGGCCACUCAUACUGUGGAGAAGCCAAACACAAUCACCCAGUGCGGGUCAACUUCACAAGGCAGGAAAAGCCGUCACACCUGGGGAGAAUGCAAGAAAGCCCUCAGCCCCAAACACACACUUGUUCAGGACCAUGGUGUCCACAGUGGAAGACAGUGUUUUGUGUGCAGUGAAUGUGGGAAAGCAUUCAAGUACAAAUCCUCAUUUGUUCUGCACCAGAGAAUCCACAUUGGAAAAAAGCUUCAUGUAUGUGGUGAAUGUGGAAAAUCUUUUAGGCAAAGCUCAACCCUCUAUCAACAUCGAAGAAUUCAUACUGGGGCAAGGCAGUACAAGUGCAGCAAAUGUGGGAAAUCCUUAAGCCACAAAGCUGUCCUCAUUUAUCCCCAUCCAUGGCGCAGUGGAGAAAACAGUUAUGUGUGCAGUGAAUGUUCGAAAUCUUUUAGCCAUAGCUCAGUGUUCAUUCCACAUAGGAGAUUUCAAACUGGAGAAAGGCCUUAUAAGUGUAGUGACUGUGUGAAAUCUUUUACUUCUAUGUCUGCACUCAGUUAUCAUCAGAGAUCUCACACAGGAGAACGACCUUAUGUGUGCAGUGAUUGUGGGAAAUCUUUUAUCUCUAGUUCUGACCUCCGUUACCAUCAGAGAGUUCAUUCUGGAGAAAGGCCUCAUGAGUGCAGUGAAUGUGGGAAAUCUUUUAUCACUCGUACUGCUCUCCGUUAUCAUCACAGAGUUCACACUGGAGAAAGACCUUAUGAGUGUAGUGAAUGUGGGAAGUCGUUUACCCGAAAAAAUAACCUAAUUAUACACCUAAGAGUGCACUCAGGAGAAAGGCCUUAUGAGUGUAGUGAAUGUGGGAAAUCUUUUACCUUUAGCUCCAGCCUUCGUUAUCAUCACAGAGUACACACUGGAGAAAGACCCUAUGAGUGCAGUGAAUGUGGGAAAUCUUUUAACAAUAGGUGGACACUCAUUCGACACCGGAGAAUUCACACAGGAGAAAAGCCGUAUGUGUGCAAUAAAUGUGGGAAAUCUUUUUCUUGUAGCUCCACCCUCCAGUAUCAUGAACGAGGUCACCUUGGGGAAAGGCCUUAUGGGUGUGAUGAAUGUGGGAAGUCUUUUACCACUAGCUCUGCCCUCCGUUAUCAUCAGAGAAUUCACACAGGAGAAAGGCCUUAUGAGUGCAGUGAAUGUGGGAAAUCUUUUAUCUCUAGGUCUGACCUCCAAUAUCAUCAGAGAGUUCAUUCUGGAGAAAGGCCUUAUGAGUGUAGUGAAUGUGGGAAAUCCUUUAUCCGAAGGAAUAACCUCCUUUUACACCAGAGAGUUCACACAGGAGAAAGGCCUUACAACUGUAGUGAAUGUGGGAAAUCUUUUAACAAUAGGUGGACACUCAUUCAACACCAGAGAGUUCACACGGGAGAAAAGCCUUACGUGUGCAGUGAAUGUGGGAAAUCCUUUACCUCCAGCUCCACCCUUUGUUACCAUCAGAGAGUUCAUGCAGGAAAGAGGCCUUAUGAAUGCAGCGAAUGUGGAAAAUCUUUUACCUCUAGUUCUACCCUCCGUUAUCAUCAGAGAGUUCAUACAGGAGAAAGGCCUUAUGAAUGCAGUGAAUGUGGGAAAUCUUUUACUUUUAGUGCCAGCCUCCGUUAUCAUCACAGAGUGCACACUGGAGAAAGGCCUUAUGAGUGCAGUGAAUGUGGGAAAUCCUUUAAGGAUAGAUCACAAUUCAAUAAACACCGGAGAGCUCACACUGGAGAAAGACCUUAUGAGUGUGGUGAAUGUGGGAAAUCUUUUAGCCAAAAAUCUUCCCUCUCAACACACCAGAAAAUUCAUAAUAGAGAACGGUCUUAUGAGUGUAGUGCAUGUGGGAAGUCUUUUACCUCUAUCUCUGGCCUUGGUUAUCAUCAGAGAGUUCACAGGGGAGAAAAGCCUUAUCAGUGCAAUGAGUGUGGGAAAUCUUUUACCAAUAGCUCCAUACUGAUUCGACACCAGAGAGUCCACACAGGAGAAAGACCUUAUGUGUGCAGUGAGUGUGGGAAAUCUUUUACUAGUAGUGCCACCCUCUCUUAUCAUCAGAGAGUUCAUGCAGGCAAAAGGCCUUAUGAGUGCAGCAAAUGUGGGAAAUCUUUUACCUCCAGUUCCACCCUUCGUUAUCACCAGAGAGUUCACACAGGAGAUAGGCCUUAUGAGUGCAGUGAGUGUGGGAAAUCCUUUAUCUCUAGCUCUAAACUCCGUUACCACCAGAGAGUUCACACGGGAGAAAGGCCUUAUGUGUGCAGUGAGUGUGGGAAAUCCUUUAGGGAUAGUUCCCAAUUUAGUCAACACCGGAGAGGUCACACUGGAGAAAGGCCUUAUGAGUGUAGAGAAUGUGGGAAAUUUUUUAUGCGAAAAUCUACCCUUUCUCAACAUCAGAGAGUUCACACUAGAGAAAGGCCUUAGUUGUACUGGGGAUGUGCAGUUUUCUUGUUCAGUGUAAGGGUACCAGAGGAAACUGAGGAGCCAUAUGUCUGAGUUAACUCUCAGACAUUUGAGCAUGCACAGUGGGGAGAUUUCCCCAUAAGUUUCAGUUAUGUGGGAAGUGUGUGACUAUGUUGCACUCUCUAACCUGUCCAGGGCUCUUCCCAGAUUUAUGUCACUUCCAUCUCUGGGGUCAAGGCCAUUUCACCUCCACCACCUGGCAGGUUCACAGUGUGCAUCAGUCACCAACCCAGUGUGCUCAGGGAAGCUGACCUCUGUCUUCCCAUGUAUUGGCCAAGUUAGGAGUCACCUGAACCUUUAUGGCUUCAGCUUUCACUCCUCCCUGACUUAUCUUGGACAUGGACCUGGUCAGUGUUGGCCCAGAAGAUACCAAAAGUUCAGCUGGCAGCUUGCAGAGAAUGACAACACAGGGAUGUGUUGGUCUCACGUGACAGUAGUAAGUUUUUCCAGCUCCCAAAUCAUGAACUGGGUAACUGCCUGCUGCAGAUUGCUUUGGCUUGUAAAAUAAUCAAGGCCUUACAAGCUCCUUACGUCCUCUUUAAUCUUGGAAGUUCUGUUUACUGUGCAGGUAGUUUAUACACAGGUUUGUACUCUGUAAGCAUAAAGGGGAGAACAAUUUUUAAGGGUCUCAAAAUUUCUGUGUCUGAGGAGGGACGGUUUGAUGGCAGACAGUAGCUUGCCAGUUUUGACCAAAUUUGCAUUGCUGCCCACUGCCUCCUAGGAAAGACUGCAGGGAUUUCUGGUUUUCAUUUGAAGCCUGGAGGCUUUGUGUUUUAGGAGUCUCUGAGAUGUCCCUGAGAAGCGGCAGCUGUGAGAAUCUCAAGAGCUUUGAAAGCAGAAUGAAUUUUUUCCCUUCCUCAAAGGAGAGGUCACAGCAUUUCAGCACUGUUGAGGGAUUAUCUUCCCCAGGUCUACAGAGAGCCAUAUUCCCUGAUGGCCACCAUUUAUUAGCCUAGUGUCACUGGUUCUAAGACCAUUGGGUCCAGGGGAAACCAUAAUUGGUACAGAAACUGGUUUACUAGGGAGAGGAGAAGGCUGCAGCCUACUAGUGUGUCAAUGUAAAAAUGACUGUGGAGAAUCAGUUUGUACACAAAUCUCAGAACCUCCAGGCAUGUUUAUCUUGUAUAGCUGAAGUCAUCAGAGAAAAUAAAAAUAAUUGAAAGGU